CACAAGUUUGGGCGAGGCGGCCACAGCGAGUUCCGGGCCGGGACAGUCACGGAUGAGCAUGGAGAGCGGCGGAGGUGCUUACGGAGCUGCCAAAGCUGGCGGCUCGUUUGACCUGUGGCACUUCUUGCAGCAGCCACAGGUCGUUGUACGCCUUCUGAGCGCGGUGUUUGCGCUCAUAGUUUUCUCUUGUAUCAUUGGAGAAGGCUACAUGAACAGCCAUGCUACCCCUGAUCUCCACUGUAUCUUUAACCGCAGCGAGGAUGCUUGUCGCUAUGGCAUUGGCAUUGGCGUGGUUGCCUUCCUAGCCUGCGUGUUCUUCUUCAUGGUUGAUAUCUACUUCCCACAGAUUAGCAAUACCACUGACCGCAAGUACCUCGUUAUAGCUGACUUGGGCUUCUCAGCUAUCUGGGCCUUUCUGUGGUUUAUCGGGUUCUGUAUACUGACAAACCAGUGGGCAUCAACAAAGGCUGAGGACAUAAUAAUUGGUGCUGAUGCUGCCCGUGCUUCAAUUGCCUUCAGCUUCUUCUCCAUUUUCUCAUGGGGGCUCCUGAUCGCCUUUGCACUUCAGCGUUACCGCAUGGGUGUGCAAGAUUUUGACCACAGCUAUGUCGACCCGGCUCCAGGCCCUACGCAACCAUACUCCAGCUACCCUAACGUCAGUCAUGAGAGCUACCAGCAGCCACCCUUCACUCACCCUGCAGAGAGCUCAGAGGGCUACCAGCCCCCACCUGUGUACUGAUUGCUACUGGCACUGUUGAAUGAAGCUGGCAGGGAUAGCCACAUAAGUGCAAUUGAUUCACUGCUUGGGUUGGUAAAGAGGCCUCUACUGUGAAGAGUAAGGGUGCCGUCGCUUUGUGUGCGUGUCUUGUGUGAUGGGUUCUGGGGUUAUUCCUGCUGUUUUCUCCCUUUUCUGAAAGCUGCUUCCCGCAGAAGAGGCUUUCUCUUCCUCUCAGGGGUGUGGGAGGCUUUCCUGCUGGCCAAAGUAUGUGACUUGAAAGGCAGAACAGCUACUGAAUCACUUCUGUUAAGAAGACGUGAUAGCUGGUCUCUUUGCUGUUACAGCUAAGUUCAUUGUCAGCUCUGACAGCAGCUAGAGGCUUUGUCCAGCAGUCAGGGAAAUGCGUUUCUACUGUGGAUUCCUGAGUGGGACCCUUACUAUUGCCACUUGUGCAAUUCUGCUUUCCCGCCAGAUGCCAUUACACCAGUGCCUUGGUAUACUUUGCUUAUUUUAAUGUUCUAGUCCCUGACUGGGGUUUAGUUCCCAUGGCUCCUAUGGUGCUGCUUUUCUAGAGUGAGUGAUGCAGGUGCAGUGCCUUCCUUAUUCUUUUGCUUUCUGGCUGCUGCUGAAUGGACAUGAUGCCAAAGCCCAGGCCUAAAGGCCUUGUCGUUUCUUUCAAAGAAUUUGUAUAUAAAGCUUUGAACGUACAUGUUGCAUUAGAGAGAAGUUGGAUUUUUCUGCGUGCGUUGUCAGUUCUCCUUACCCAGUCCAAUCCUGCUAUAAGCUCGGAGGGACUAGGCUCCCUGAAGCCUAUAACAAUUGCCUUUCCAUAUUAAAUGUUCUAAUCAUGGGUUGCAGCUGCUGCUAAGUAAGUUUGCAAAGGAGGGGCAAUAGUCUGUAUACCUGUGCUGGGGUGGAAAAGCCACUUGCACAAAGCUUGAACUGCUAACCAGUCGGGGAGAGCCUUGUGUUCUGCAUAUGGAAAACUGUCCUGGCGUUAGCAGAUGCACAAUAGGAAGCUAUAUGAGGGUUCAUAAGUGUUUUAAAUCUGUAUCAUGGUAGAAAUAAAUCUUGUCACUCCCACCA